AUGUCUUCAUUUCUUUGUUCUUUCCUUCUCAUAUUCAUUUUCACAUCUCAACUCACCACAGCCAACAUUAACAAUGAUAACAAAUUGCAAUACUUCUGUGAUCAAAAUAACGAUGGUGGUAACUACACAACCAACAGCACCUAUCACAAAAACCUUAACACCCUUCUAUCCACUCUCACUUCCAACAAAGAUAUCAACUACGGUUUCUAUAAUUCCUCUUAUGGAAUAAACACCGACAAAGUAAACGCUAUUGGACUUUGUAGAGGAGAUGUCAAACCCAAUGAUUGUCAAAAUUGCAUAAAGAAUUCAUCUGUCUUUCUAACACAACUUUGUCAAAAUCGAAAAGAGGCUAUUGGUUGGUAUGAUGAAGAUACAUGCAUGUUGCGUUACUCAUACCGUUCAAUAUUCGGUCUGAAUGAAACUAGACCUUUUUAUUUAGGAUGGAGUUUGAACAAUGCUACAAAUGAAGAUGAAUUUGAUAAAGUACUGAAAAAUUUAUUGGAUAAUUUAAGAAAUAGAGCUUCAUCAGGUGAUAGUGACCUUAAAUAUGCUGUUGGAAGUGAUGAGGUUGGUCAAAAUAAUAAUCAAACUAUAUAUGCUCUUGUUCAAUGCACACCUGAUUUGUCUAAAUCAUUGUGCGAUGAUUGUUUGGUAAAAUCUAUCAAAGCAAUCCCAAGAUGUUGUAACAACAGGUUGGGUGCUAGAAUUGUUAGACCAAGUUGUUAUUUGAGAUAUGAAACCGAUUCACUCUUCUAUCAACAAACACCAGAUCCACCCUCAUCAUUACAAGUGCCACCAUUCUCAACUCCUCCGUUUGCACAAAACACUUCCUCUCCAGGAAAAAGCAAUAAAAGUACUACUAUUGGCAUUGCUGUAGGAGUACCAAUUGCUCUUGUUCUUAUGGUCUUCAUUUUUAUCUGCAUUUAUAUAAGAGUGAGGGAGCCAGAUAAAAGGUUUGAAGAAGUUCAAGAAGAAGAAGACAAAAUUAAUAUUACUACCGAGCAACUGCAAUUCGACUUCAACACCAUGCGUAUUGCUACAAAUGAUUUCUCAGAUUCUAAUAAACUUGGAAAAGGAGGAUUUGGGUUUGUUUACAAAGGUAGGUUCUCCAACGGGCAAGAGGUUGCUGUCAAAAGGUUAUCAAUGAAUUCCGGACAAGGAGAUCUAGAGUUUAAGAAUGAAGUAUUUUUAGUGGCUAAACUUCAACACCGAAAUUUAGUAAGAUUACUCGGUUUCUGCCUAGAAGGAAGAGAAAGACUACUUAUAUAUGAGUUUGUUCAUAAUAAAAGUCUUGAUUACUUUAUUUUUGAUCAAGCAAAAAAAGCGCAAUUAAAUUGGGGAAGGCGCUACAAAAUCAUUUUAGGUAUUGCUCGAGGCAUUCUUUACCUUCACGAGGAUUCUCGACUACGUGUUAUUCAUCGUGAUCUCAAAGCAAGCAAUAUUCUCUUGGAUGAAGAGAUGAAUCCUAAGAUAGCUGAUUUUGGCAUGGCAAGGCUUUUUAGUAUUGACCAAACCCAGGAAAACACAAAUAGAAUUGUGGGAACUUAUGGAUAUAUGGCACCUGAGUAUGUAAUGCAAGGACAGUUUUCAGUAAAAUCCGAUGUCUUUAGUUUUGGUAUAUUGGUUUUAGAAAUUGUAAGUGGUGCAAAAAACAGUGGCAUUCGUGAUGGGGAGAAUACAGAAUAUCUCUCAAGCUUUGCAUGGAGAAAUUGGAAGGAAGGGACUGCAACAAAUAUCAUAGACUCGACAUUAAACAAUGAUUCACGAAAUGAAAUACUAAGAUGUAUCCAUAUUGGAUUACUUUGUGUUCAAGAGAAUGUAGCUAGCAGGCCAAGCAUGGCUUCUGUUGUAGUGAUGCUUAAUAGUGAUUCUGUUACUCUCCCAAUGCCUUUGGAACCUGCAUUUCAUAUGGAUUGGAGUGACUUUCAAGAUACGAACCCGCCAAGCUCAGCUCAAGAAUUAUCGGUCAACGGGGCCUCAAACACAGAGCUAUUUCCUUGCUAGCUGGAAUUUUAACCAUUGGAAUGACCGUGAUACCCAUAAUACAUAUAUAUUUCAUAGUGUUGUAAAUACCAGACCAGAUUGUAAUUAAAUAGUGGUUUUUAUUUUCUUUUUGUAUGUUGUCCGUUAGAACUGGUUGCUUUUUUUAACCCCUUUGAUGCUACUGUUGUUGUUGUUGUUACUGGUUCUACUUCUAUGUCUAUCAAUGUUAAGGUUUUGAAUUCCAUUGUUCAUGAUUUGGGUAACGAGGGUUCUUAAAAAGGAGGAUAAGGCUCUUAUUAUGAGCACUUUAGAUGGAUUUGAAGGUGAUGAUUCUUUGUUGAAUUGAAACAGUGAGGUUGAUGUGUGAGUCUUAUGAUUUUGUGUUCAGACCAGGCUUUGAAGAUCAAGAUACAGUUUCUGUUGAUAGUGUUUUGCUGUAACAAUUCCCUGAAAAUGUUGUAUUGUCAUAAGAUCUAAACCAAUACAACAAGCCAAGGAAGGAGAAGAAAUUCAAAGUUUUUCAACAAGAACAUCAAGAAGAAGAGAUGAAUACAACUUUUUCAAAUAUGAUUUUCUCUCUCAUUUUGGGAAAUCUCAUUUUGGAGUGGUUAGUUAGGUUGAUUGAUGCGAGAAAAA